GCUGCUCCUGCCUCAGCCGGUGAUGCUGCCGCUAUAUUAUUAUUAUUAUUAUUAUCAUCGUCGUCGCUAUACAUUACGAUUUAAUCGUUAUUCUUUAGUUUUACACGCGCGCCUUUAGCGUGCGACGUGCGUGCGCUUGUUGCCGUCGCCGUGUUACGCUAUAAAAAGUUGACGUUUUUAGAACAUAAUAUUAUUAUCAUACCUAAUCUCAAAGUCAAACGAAAUCACGCGUAACGCGUGUCAUGCAGUGUCCGCCGCCGCCACCGCCGUAAAAUUUUAAAUAACAAUCCAGUGGAUAUUAUAAUAUUAUUAUUAUUAUUAGGUAUCAUUACACAAGUGACAAGUGAUAUUAUUGUAUUAUUAUUUUUCACGAUGCAGUGCGGACGACGAGUGCGCUGGCUGGAGUGCUGGACGACGAUCGUACGAUGUGCAUUUCUUUGAAAUUAUUAUUACAACGAUGAUAAUUAUUGGUGAUUGUAAAAUGCCGUAAAAUCGUAUUAUUUUGUUGAUUUCGUCGUAAUCGCAGUCCACCACUUUGCCCGCGUUGCAUCUAUUCACGCCGUCCGCUCGGAGCAAAGUCCAACACGCGGACUGUAAUCUCCGUUCUUCGUCGUCGCCGGUAAUGCACUACGUACACGUCAUUACAACCAUACCUAUUUCUGUCGUCGGUCACUGCGAAACGUGCGACGGCGACUGCCACCGCGCACCGCCGAAUACGAAAAUAAACGCGUUCGAGAGUCAAGUCGACUGCUCCCGGGCACACGUCGGCUCGCUGUCGUAAGCACUAAUAAUAAACGGACCCGAACGCGGACGGGCGCGCCGACAACGACGUUUCUGUUUAUUACCGCCGCCGCCGCCGCCCGAUGUAUUUCGCCGCUAAUACCGUUGUUGUUAAUAAUAAUUAUCAUAUUAUUAUUCAUUUCGUGCGUAGGUAGUGUAGCGUUGUACAGUGUUUUUUUUUUUUUUUUAUAUUAUCGUCUCGGUUUCCGCUCGACGCUAUCGGACCGGCUGCAAUACAUGAUUCAAUCGUACAACAAACACUCCGGUAUAUUACGAAGGAAUUUACGACAUAGAAUUAAUAUCGUUUGAAUAUAUAUUUUUUUAUAUGCACAAUUUAUAUCUAUCUAUGUCACAGUUAAAAAACUAUACGUCCAAUAUUCGAUCCAUGAGUGGUAUUGUCUUCACGCCUAAAAUAUUAUACCAUAAUAGUGAAUGGUAUUAUACUCGUAAUUAAUAACUAUUAGCUGAUAAUAAGAGUGGUCGCGAUAUGGAAUGCCGCCGGACUGUUGUUACCGGCGGAGUGUUGCGAUCGCCUCCGUCCGUGUCAGCUGCACCGCUGACGAUAGCUGCGAAUUCGAACGUCAUGCGGCACCGGGGCCGUCGCCAUAGUCGACCGUACGAUUGUGCUGACGAUAUUGUCGAUGAAUACAACAACAACAACAACAACAGUAACGUAACAACCGUGACCACGAUCAACAACACGACUCACCUCAUCGAUGAGUUGGAACAGCUGCGGACCGACAACUUUCAGCUCCGGUUGCGCGUCUACAACGCCGAGCGACGGGUAGACAGGCUGUCGGCAGCCGCACUUGCGCGGGACCGGAAAAAGCGCAGCGACUACACCGAUACCGACAGCGACGACUCCGACGCUAGUAGUGGUGCCGACCACAAUAAUGCGGCGGCGAAGGCAACCGCCGAAGCGGCCGUGCGUACCAUCCACGACUUACUGACCGUCAACCGGCGAUUGCUGGCACUACUGGCGGCCACAGUGUCAGCCAAAGCGGUGUCCGUGUCCACCGACGACAAACGACGAUGGCAGAGACUGCGAAAUCACAUCGAAGAAUACGCCGUAGACGAUCAGGUACAGCACGAAGAGAAGACAAACGAAGACGAAAACGAUGAAUUUCAUGACGCAUCUGCGACGGACUCCGAGACGUCGUGCAAAGCGCGGGUACUGUCCGCGGAGCGUUCGGUGACAAGACAGAACGUUCUGCGUUCGCCACCACCGCCACCACAGCCACCACCAUCCACACAACUCGAGACCGCGGGCGUGCAGGAUGACGAGGGUGCUGGUUCUGAGGUGUCCCGUCUGCGGGGGCGGUGCAGACGGCUGGAGCGGUCACUGCAACAGCUGGUCAACACGGAACUGUGGGCUCGGAACCGGCAGAUCGGAAAGCUCGAGCAGCAACGGUACGUAACGCAGGUGGCCGCGCAGAGAGACAGGAGACCGGCCGAGCAGGCGGUGACAGCUGCAGUUGCAGCUCCGCCACAGCAACAACAUCUGCAGCAGUUCCCUUCGAAAGCCGCGGUGUCGACUACUUCGCCGCCAGCGACCAAAGGAAUCUUGGUAAUCCGGUCAGCCGCGGAGACACCCUGCGCCGCAAAAUUACCAGCAGCUGCCCGUACAGAAUCGCAGACUGCAGCAGCGUCAUCGCCACCGAAAAUAGCCACCAUCACGACGCCGCCGCCAGUGUUGCCGGACUACUCGGAAGUUAACUUUUUUUUUAGCUGCGACGAAGAAGAUGACGACGACGAUGAUGACCACGACCGCCGAGAAAACUCCACUGAGACCAAAUCAUCGUCAGAAGAGGAGACUGUGGAUUCGAACGACUGCAAGGGUGACGAAGAGCCUGUGCGGUUAGCUGCGGUCGGUGCUCCGUUGGCGUCGUCGACGAGUACGCGGAAACGUCACUGUCGACCGCAUCAUCGACUAAUGCAACAGCCAAUCAAGGGCGUCGGCGAUUCAGCGACCGUUACUACGACAACGUCCUCGUCAACAGAGUCUGCGGCCGCGGAGGAGGAGGCGGACGAAUUGAACGGCGACGGCGUUAUUAGGACGACGACGACGAAUGCUACGUCACCCUGCACCACUCGACGUCAUCGGACCGUAAGUGGUGGCGGCGGUUUGCAUAGAAGGCGGCGGUGCAGGCCACCGCGUCGGUGUUCGACUUGCGGCCGUUGCAGUGGCGGCGUGGACGCGGCCGUGGCGACGGCAGAUCGUCCAAAGCCGCCGUCCGUGGCUGACGCGCAAGUGCAGUGCGGUGACGGAAACGUAGCAAUUGACCAUGGCUUCAAUAGUGAUCGUGGCGACGGCGAACUGCAGCUGCAACAGUUGCGCCGUGAACUGGACGCCCGGCGGCGUGAAAACGGUCGACUGUACGACAUGUUACUGAGACUACAACGCGGAACGCGACCGGGCGACCGGGGAAAAGGUGACGGUGGCCCUAGGAUUCCGUCUCCCGACUUCUCGGACUCAGAUCCAUGUGGUUCGCCCGAACCAUACCGACGGGCUGCCGGAGUCGUCCGCGGCCGCAUCGCUGACCUGUUGCCGCCGCUCCUGUCCAUGCGGUCGAUUUCAGACGAUGACGACGACGACGACGGUGGUGGUGGUGACAGAUCCCAUCAGCGGUACCGGCCGGACGGUGCGGAACAACAACAGCAACAGCAACAACAACAGCUGCAACUACUCACCCGUCUCAGGGAACGCAUAGUGGCGUACGAACGGCGUGAACUUAAUGGCGGUGACGACCGCGCAGCUGCUGUCGUGCAGCAGUCGGCGGACCCGUCGGAUGACGCUGUCCGCCGCAUGGACCGCACCGAACUGGUAAACGUGGCGCUCCCGCGGGUCGUAGAACGGCUCCGCCGGGCGCUCGUGCCGCUGUUGCAGCAUCGGCCGGAAAAUGCUGUCGCUGCGGCGUCGGUCCGUGGUGGAUCGGGAAACGGGGGCGGUGAUUUCGUCACCGAUGGCGCACGAUCACUGCCGCCGAGUGGAGGACGAUGACAAAGAUUUUAUACGUAGCACCAUCCCUUACCACCCGUAUAUUAUAUUUUGAAUACCGUUUAAACACCGUUUGAAUACCGUGGUUAUUCAGUUUUUUGUUUUUUAAUAUUAUAUGUAUUAUUGUUGUUAACGUUUUUUUUAUAUAUAUAUUAUGACACUUCUAAAUUUUUAUACGCUAAAUAACUAUUAUUAUCAUUAUAAAUUAUUACAUCUUACGAUGUUUAUUGCAAUAUAUACCUAUAUACCUAUAGGUACAGCUAUACUAAUAUAGUAAUUUGCCAAAAGAAUUAUUUCUUCACGUGUGCCAAAAAAAAAAAAUCAUUUUUUGUAUACCUAUUCUAAUGAAUAAUGAUUACUGUCUGGCAUUGUAUAUUAUAUUCUACCUACAUUUUUUAUAUAUUAUUAAUGGGUAAACACUAGAUGCAAAAUUAAAAUUUUUAUUGUAUUGACUAUUUAUAUAAUAUACGCAUAAAUAUAUUAUACUUGCA